GAGCUCCCAAAUUGUGUCCAUCACCUCUGUCUCAAUUCAACGACUUUUAGCAGGCUAAGGGGGCCCAUCAAAGCUUCAUGUCGACUCAACUCCGACCACCAAGUGGUAAACUUCCGCCGUUGCCCUCAGUUCCAGGUCGUCCCUCAGUAGGACAGUUGCAGUCUUCCCCAUCUGGGGUAAUCGAUAGUGGAAGAAGCUCUCGCCUAUCUGUUCUUGCUGCGCCAGCAAUAAAGCCUCCAGCGGGGUCUAACGUCCCGGCUCGAUCCAAAACACGCAAGUUUCGCUUGAACGAGGAGCAAAUAAGGGAAAUCAAAGAAGCGUUUGACCUAUUUGAUGAAGAUGGGUCAGGAGAGAUCUCAGGGAAGGAAUGGCGAGUUGCAAUGCGAGCGCUCGGAUUCGAGCCAAGUAAUGAUGAGGUGAAGCGGAUGCUAAAAGAAAUGGACGACAAUGGCAGUGGCACAAUAGAUUUUGAGGAGUUUCUUGGGCUUAUGGAAAGGAGAAUGGCAGAUAAAUACGCGAGAGAAGAGAUGCGAAAGGUCUUUGAGCUCUUUACCAAACCCGAUCUGAGUAUUCAAAGAUCACGUAGCACGGCCAGAACAUCUCCUCUGCGGACAGGUACUGGCGUCGCAAAGCAUCCUAAUCAACGAAUCUCAGCGUCAGAUAUUAGAAGAGUAGCAAAUCUUGUUGGGGAACGACUGACGGAAGAUGAGAUCAAAGAAAUGUUAGAAGAGGCAGAUCGGGAUGGUGAUGGGGAAGUGACCGAAGACGAUUUCAUCCGAGUCAUGCGGAAGACGACGCUUUGGUAACGGUCGCUACAAUAUUCACCGGUGUGUUUAGUCGAAUAUGUUAUAUAUGCAUGCAAUUACCCA